AUGAAAUGGGCGACAAUACUCUUAAUUUUUUGUUAUGUUACAAUAACAUAUACACAAAUAAGCGAGACCAUCAAACACUAUGAAGAUAUUAUAGAAAAAGGUAUAAAGGAUAGUGCAAACUAUAAGUUACCUGUAGAUGCAAGUAUUUAUAAAGCCCGUCCGAAACCGAUUAAGGCUUUUGGUUCUUACGAUUUUAUCGUUAUUGGUGGAGGUGUUACUGGAUCAGUUAUUGCAAGCAGACUCUCCGAACGAAAAGAUUUUAAGGUUUUAGUACUAGAAGCGGGAAAUUUUACUGAUAAUGGUAUUAUACAGUUCCCAGGGCUUUCUGAAUAUAGUAUUUCUUCUAGCUAUAACUGGGCUUACAAAAGUAUUCCACAAACUACUGCAUGUCUUGGACUAGAGAAUAAAAUAUGUGAUAUUCCAAGAGGGAGAGGAAUUGGUGGUACGUCUUUGAUAAAUGGAUUGGUAUCGAGUAGAGGCAAUCCUGAUGACUACAACACUUGGGCAAAAAUAUUAAACGAUAAUUCCUGGAAUUACUCAAAGGUUCUACCAUAUUUUAAAAAGUCGGAAAAUUUUCACUGGACAAAUAAAAAAGCACCAGUGGAUUUUAAGUAUCAUGGAACGAACGGUUUGUUAAAUGUGCAGUAUAAAGUACCAAACGUUAUAUACAAUGACAUUUUUUUUGAUGCCAACAAAGAAUUAGGCUCGCAUAUAAUUGACUAUAACAGUAAUCGACAAGAAGGUACUUCCAUUUUCCAACUUUUUAACAAAAAUGGCAAAAGACAGGAUAUAGGUACGGCCUUUAUAAUACCGUUUCUAAAUAGAACAAAUCUUAAAGUUUUAACCCAAAGUUAUGUGAUUAAAAUAGAAAUUAGUAAAAGAACUAAAAUCGCGAAAAGUGUUUUGUUCACAAAAGGUGGUUAUACUUACAGAGUAAAAGCAAAAAAGGAGGUAAUACUUUCUGCAGGUGCUAUUGCAAGUCCACAAAUAUUAAUGCUGUCUGGAGUUGGUCCCAAAAAACACCUCAAAGAUAUUAAAAUACCUUUGAUUAAAAAUUUAGAAGUUGGAACUAGACUUAGAGAUCAUCUAUAUAUAAAAUUACUAUUUUCAGGAAAUAUAACUCUUCCAAAACAGAAUAUAAAAGAACAAUUGCAAGACUAUCUAAAAGGUAGUGGUACCCUUACUGCAGUAACAUACACCCAGGCUGUAGCUUUUCAUGAAACUAAAAACAGGACUAGGAAAGGUAUACCUAACGUGGAAAUUUUUAUGGAUGUAAGUCAUAAACCAUCACCUGUAAAAAAUGUUUCUCUUUUGGAAGACAGUAUAAAUGAAGUGCUUUGGUCAAAUAAUACGUUAGGUCUUAGUCUUAUUGCAAUACAUACAGAUCCAAAAUCUACAGGUACUCUCAGGUUAAAGAGUAGUAGUCCUUUUGAUUACCCCCUUAUAAAUCCAAAUCUCUUAUCCGAUUCUAAAAAUAAUGAUAUUGAUGAACUAUAUCAAAGUAUUCAGCUCAUGUUUAAGCUGUCAGAAACUAAGGCAUUUCAGAGUAUCAAACUGAAGUACAUGAGCAAAUCUUUACCAGUUUGUAGCCACUUAAAAUAUAAAUCUAAAGAAUAUUGGUAUUGUUUCUUACGACAAAUGACUACGACAGCAUUCCACCCAAUGUCUACAUGUCCAAUGGGACGUAGUCCAAAACAAGGAGCAGUGGUUGAUUCAAAUUUGAAAGUUUUUGGAAUUAGAAGAUUAAGGGUUGCAGAUGCCAGUGUUUUUCCUAUUUCCACUACAGGCCAUCCUUGUGUACCUUGUAUUAUGAUUGGAGAGAAGAUUUCCGAUUACAUAAAAUCCCAUUAUUUUUAA